CAAGCUCACAAAGCGGACAAUAAACAUCACAGGCUCACACUUAUCUUCGUUGGAAUGGACAUCAAUUGCUUGGGGUGGAGGCCUACUCCUAGCUGCUCCAAUUCUCGGAUUCAUCUCCUUCCACCUGGAUGCCAAUCAGUUCUACGCAAUCAUCACAGCUGCAGCCACAGGGGUUGGUGUCUUCUUUUGCCUGCCUGCCGGAUUCUUCAAGACCACCAAGAUCUUCAUUCCCUACAUCGCUGGGAUCGCUCUUGCCGCCACCGUCGCCAGCACAGCACACACCCAUUAUCUCGCUCUCAUGCUUCGUCCCUAUGGAAAACCAACACCCGCCCUUAGGAGAAGAACCAGGUUCUUCCCAAGAUUAAGUAUCUCCAGCUGGUUCUCCCUCUAUGCCACGGCUUUCGGUUCAUUGGGUGCAGCUAUCGUCUCAUCCUUAACCUACCACAUGCUUAGAGAACCCAGCGACCGUAACCUCUUGAGCCUUUGGGUUGUCUCAAUCUUCAGUGGCCUCAUAUGGCUCGCCGGGGUGGUGCAUGUUGUCCUCAUUUCUCCCAGCAGAAGUGCCACCACUUGCUCCGUCUCACCUCUCUCCUCAAGGCUCUAUCACUCCCUUUCUUUGUUCAAAUACCCGCAUGCAAUUGGAGGCCUCUUUGGGGUUUUUCUGUCUUCUUUUGCCACGAUGAGCAUAUUCACCGGAGGGGUGCUAUUUGUGGUGGGUCAACUCUGCAUGAGGCCAGUGCACCUGCUUUAUUUGUGGUUGGUGUAUUUCCUCUUCCCUUUGUUUUCUCUGCCGUUGCUUCAGAUCAUGCAGCACUUUAUGAGGGUGAAUUCCGUUAAGAUGCAAAUACUGGGUUUUCUGCUGUCCAUGUUCUCUUCCGGGUCAGGGUUCUACUUUUGGGAGAGCCGCUGGAGAUGGAGCCACUUGCUGCUAUUUGGGGCGGUUCAGGGCACCGCAACAGGGCUGCUUCACGCUUUUGGGAGGGUGUUGGUGCUAAACUGUGCACCUUGCGGGAAAGAAGGUGCGUUCUCGGCGUGGUACGGAUGGGUGAGAUCCGUGGGGCUCUGUGUGGGGUUCACGGUGGGGUCGGUGGCUGCAGGACGCAUUAGGGCCUCUCUUGGGGCCGCGUUUUGCUCUGGUAUUGCUGGUAUUGUUGUUCUUCUGUUUGGGAAUGUGAGUGAUGUCGGAGGUGCUGUUGCUGCUGGCCAUGUCGCUGAGGAUAAUAGUGGUGACAUCAGCGAGAGACCUUCCCGUUCCCAUGUCGUUGCAUCAAGCGGCUUAGAUUCAAAGGAAUCUGUUAGUGUUUGAAACUCCUAUAUCAUCCUUCCCCAUUUAUAAGACAAGCAGCUUACUUGCUUACACCCUCAUGUUCUGCGUCUUAUAUAUGUGACUAUUACAUGAUUCUUUGCAAAUUCCAAUGUUCUUGUUAAAUUGUUUUAGACGUAUCUGUAUUACCCAAGGUGCUUGUACUUGAUUAAUUUGAAUGAUAUA